AUCCGACCGGCAGCAGAGUGGAUGCUAACUCAGUCCGGUCAGCUGGCUUGUGCACAAUUACGUACGACUAGACAGUGAAAGGUAAACCGUCCAGGCAGGAUCGAUAUAUUCUCAUGUGUUUUGCAAUACCAGAAGGACACUUAUUCUACUAUCCUUUGUGAAUGCGGAUAUCCAUCUGUAAAGUCUGCAGAAAGUGAUGAGUCGUGCGGAACCAAGGAACAUGGUCGUCGCGUAAACUUUUCUCCGUAGUUUGUAUCCAAAUCCUCUAUCAAAAAUGCAGAUCGUGUUGUUCAGUGCCGUGUUCCUUUAUCUCAGUGAAUAUGCCAGUACAGAGCCGAAAGCCAAGUGCCCAACACGGUGCGAUGUGAGUACUUGUCCGAGCCCCAGUUGCCCCAGUGGCUACGUGCCAGACCACUGCAACUGCUGCCUGGUUUGCGCUCAGGGAGAAGGAGAGCCAUGCGGCCGUAAGGACGACCUGCCGUGCGGUGACGGACUGGAGUGCAAACACCCGGCGGGCAAGCGGCUCUCCAAGGGCUUCUGUCAGUGCAGAUUCAGCAGCGAAGUGUGCGGCAGCGACGGGAAGACGUACGGUAACGUGUGCCAGCUGAAGGCGACCAGCAGGAAGGCUCUGCAGCAGGGACUGCCAGGCAUCACGCAGACCCAAAAGGGACCAUGUGAGACCAGCGCAGGUCCUUCACAUGCUGCCAGUCCUCGUUACAAGUUCAACUUCAUAGCUGACGUGGUGGAGAAAAUUGCUCCCGCUGUGGUUCACAUCGAGCUCUUCCUCAGACAUCCACUCUUUGGUCGCAACAUCCCUCUGUCCAGUGGAUCCGGGUUUGUGAUGUCAGAGAAUGGACUGAUUGUUACCAAUGCCCAUGUCGUGUCCAGCACCACACCAGUGUCAGGUCAACAGCAUCUCAAGGUCCAGAUGCAUAAUGGUGACAUAUAUGAAGCCAGCAUCAAAGACAUUGACAAAAAGUCAGACAUUGCCACCAUCAAAAUCAAUCCUCAGGUAAAGCUGUCUGUGUUGUUUCUGGGCCACAGUGCAGACCUGAGACCCGGGGAGUUUGUGGUUGCGAUUGGCAGCCCUUUUGCCCUCCAGAACACUGUCACCACUGGUAUCGUCAGCACUGCUCAGAGAGAUGGAAAGGAGCUGGGCCUCAGGGACUCAGACAUGGAUUACAUCCAGACGGACGCUAUCAUCAAUUAUGGGAAUUCUGGAGGACCUCUUGUCAAUUUGGAUGGGGAGGUGAUUGGCAUCAACACCCUGAAAGUUGCGGCGGGAAUCUCGUUUGCCAUCCCCUCAGACAGGAUCACUCGCUUCCUCAACGAUUCGCUCGACAAGCACAACAAAGAUGUGAGAUCAGUAAAGAAGCGUUUCAUUGGAAUCAGAAUGUUGACCAUCACACCAGCGUUAAUUGAAGAGCUCAAACAACAAAACCCAGACUUCCCCAAUGUUACCACUGGGAUUUAUGUCCAUGAGGUUGUUCCACACUCUCCGGCACAGAAAGGUGGUAUCAAAGACGGUGACAUUAUUGUGAAACUAAACGGCAGACCGCUGAUGACCACAGCUGACCUGCAAGGAGCACUGCAGGAGGAGACAGCCCUGCUGCUGGAAGUCAGGAGGGACAAUGACGACCUACUCUUUAACAUCGAACCUGAUGUUAUUAUGCAGUAGAUGUUGGAAGCACAGCUCUCAUGCAGAGUUAUAACAAUAUCUCAGGCCAUUUCUAUUUUUAUUUUUCUGAAAGAACAUGGCAAAAACUCUGCACCAGUGAAGCAGUAUUGAUGUUUGGUGCAACAUCUUCUGAUACUAACUUCUAAAACCUGGCUGUUAACUUGAUUGUGCCAAAGUGAAAGGAGACCACAAAUGACAUGGUGCAAGGAAUUCAAGGAUUUACAGCUAUGCCAUCCACCUGCUCAAACCAACUCAACAUUGGAACAGGUGCACACAUGUACACCCUACUGAACUGCAUAAAUCCGCACCCCUUCAAUGUAUACUAAAAAUACUUGAUUAUUUCACUUUGAUUAUAUAUUUUUCAACAAGUAGACACAUUUAUUGUAAGUACCUCAAAAUAUUGUGAGCAAUAAUGCCUGCUAGACAGCAUCCUAUGAUGUACAUCCUGAAAAUUAUGAGACAAAAGCAAAGUUGAUGAGAGCACAAUUCAUACAUUACCCGUAACAUUAAAAAACAAAGCUGAUGAUGGCAUACAGACAGUUGAAUUGAACAAUUUGCUCUUAAGCAAACACCUAUGAAAUUCUUUGUCUUGAAUCAACAGUCUGGCAUCAUGCCAAGACCUUCACCUGCUACACCACUGCAAUGGACAUGAUUCUUAGCUCCACCCUGCUGGUCCCACAAGGCAGCAUCCACAUGUCCACCCUUUGAUCUGAGCCUUGGGCCAAGUCAUAAUUCUCUAUCAUGCCACUAGCUUGUAAUCUGCCCUUUCAGGCCAACCAUAAGGUUUUUUUUUGGUGAAAAGGCAUUCAAAAUAAAGUAGUCACAUAUUACAUUCUGCACUUAAACCCUCAUCUUUGGUCUUGUGCUUUGGGUAGUGAUUGGAAAAGAUGAGAUUAUAGGUAUAAGAAGCCAGCAUUAGUUCCCUUCAUAAGGGCAGGGUGAAGAGUUCAAAAUCCAGAAAACGAUUGGAGAAGGAGCAGUUUUAUCAUUCAGUGUUUGUGUUCCCUCCAAGUUAUUGAUGAGUCAGUCAGUGUCAGUAAUAAAACACUUUGCAGGCCGUGGAUUAAAGCCAUCCAGUCAACUUGAGAGAGCAGGACCUGUUUGUGUGUGCACAGCAGCUAAUUUGAAAACAGGGAAGGAAUGAAAAGGUAUGACUUUUAAAGUGCAAGGCAAUUGCCAACCCUUCAGCUAUAAGUACAUAAUAUCUUUCACAGCCAACCCCCCAUGCAGCACCCUGUUACACAUCUGUGUAUUAUGAGCACCUCAGGACACAAAAUCCUACAGACAAGGGUCAGCACAUUUGACGUGGCUUGUGUCUUGCACAGUGGACUACAUGCAUGCCAUUUUUCAAUGAAAAUGUGUUGUUUUACUUGAAGUUUUGUCACUAUUGGUAUUCAGUUAAGUCAUGGUCAAUUAGUGUGUUCAGGGCCUUGAGUCUGUCCAAGACACAUCUAGUGAGUGCUGUUUUAAUUCCAUUCAUUUAUAUAACUAGAGGAACCAUUCUUGUGUGCACGAGAAUUCGGAAAAAUAUUGUAACCUACCUAAAAUCUAGUUUUAGGUACAAAUAAAAAUUGCAACCUACCUAAAAUCUAGUUUCCCAUACAUGUGUGGCACAAAAGUCUAAGUCAAUCAUAAAGAAAUGAACUGUGCCCCAUUUCAGAGAUGCUCUCAUUAAAAAUCUACAUUUCUUGACUGAA